UGAAGAGGGGUUGGUAUUCAUAAUCCGGUAUUAUUUCGAUACCAGGCGACAUCCUUAUAAAGGAGAUUGUAGAGAAGAUUUGCAAUUUUGUGUUACUUCACUUCGUACGCAACGUAACAGAAAAUGAAUCUUUUAAUAUGUAGUUUGGUUUUAAUAACCUGUAUAGUAAACUGUGUGGCAGCAGAACAAAGGACUGUUGAUUCUAAUGUAGGUAAGAUAACGGGUGAUAUUCGUACAGUAAAAAUUGGUCCUAAUACAGCUGAUAUAACCACCUUUCUGGGGAUACCGUAUGCUGAACCUCCCGUAGGAAAUCUGAGAUUUAGAAAACCUGCGAAGAAGGCGAAAUUUGACAACAUGUUUGCUGCUUCAGAAUUUGGUGCUUCUUGUCCCCAGUUCCACGUAAUGUACACUCCGGAGAAAAUGGACGAAGAUUGUUUAUUUCUAAAUAUUUAUACCCCUGAUAUAACUGGAAGUGACACCAAAUAUCCGGUAAUGAUUUUUAUUCAUGGUGGUGGUUUCAUUCUUGGAGACGGCAAAGCGAUGAAUGUGGAGAAAUUGGCCGCAUAUGGACAAUUAGUGACAGUCAGUAUCAACUACCGUUUAGGACCUCUUGGUUUCCUCGACACUGGUGAUGAUGCUGUGGAUACCAAUAAUGGUCUGAGAGAUCAGCAUCUGGCUAUUAAAUGGGUGAAAGACAAUAUUGAAAUUUUUGGCGGUGAUCCUACAUCAAUUACAAUAUUUGGAGAGUCAGCUGGCAGUGCCUCGGUGAUAUAUCAAACUAUUUAUCCAGAAAACGAAGGACUAUUUCAAAGAGCGAUCGCAGAAAGUGGUUCAGCCAAUUCCUUCUGGUCAGUUACUCCUGAUCCUCGUAAGAUUGCCAAACUGUUAGCCGAGAAACUUGACUGCCCCGAAACAUCGUCUUCUAAAGCAAUUGUUCAAUGUCUUCGAGAUUUCAAGAAUACUACACAUAUUGCCGUUGCCUCAAACGUAACGGAAGGUGGAUUACUGUGUUGGAGUCCAUCUGUGGAUGGUGAUUUUGUCAUUAAGAAUAGAAUAGAUGCCCUUGGUAAUACAUCUACUCAAACAAAUUUAAUUCCUUUUAAAAAUCUGGACCUCUUGAUGGGAACUACUGAUUACGAUGGUUUGUUUUUUCUAACAUUUGGUGAAGUGGCUGCAUAUUUCACAGAACUACAAAGUGCAUCCACUGUUGACGAAAUUCAAGAAGCUAACUACAAUAUUAUAUCAUUGGUAUUAAAUUAUGCUUUCGGUAAAGACUUAGCAUCAGAACUUUUGGACUCCGUUCUUUUUCUGUACACAAACUAUGAGGACCCAUCAGAUAAAGAUCUGCACAAGAAACAGGCUUCAGACUUUGCAACAGACGUUGCUUUCUUUGUGUCCACAGCUACAGCACUUGAGAAACACGCUUACCAGAACACAGGCUCUAAGACUUACCAAUACGAGUUCUGUGAUCGCCACGACUUUCAGUUCAAAGAUCCGUGGAUAAAAGGAGCCUUACAUGGCGAUGAACUAUUCUACGUUUUAGGUUUGCACGAAGAUCUUAGGCCUUUUAUCGAGAUUACAGAAGAACAGACCACUGCUAAAUGGCCAUUUGCAACACGGAUAAUGGAUUAUUGGACAAAUUUUGCUAAAACCGGGGAUCCCAAUUCACCACGUAAACCAGCCGUACAAUGGCGGGAGUAUACCAGCUCAGAUAAAAGCUACCUGUAUAUAACUUCAGAAGAUACAGCCAACAGAAAACAUCUAAAUGCUCGACGAACAGCAUUCUGGACCAGUUAUGUUCCAAAGCUGAUCAAGAAGGCAGGUGGUGAUCACUGGUCUCAUAAAAACUAAGUACUGGGCAGAAAAGAUUUCCAGGAACACUGUUCAUUUGUUUUUAUACGCCCAUUAUUUUCAUGUAGACGUUCAUGUCUGGUCAUUCGUUCACAUUUGUUUGGGGGCAAAUCACAGUUUUUAUUCGAUUGUGACGAAACUUCAAUUGUAAAUAUUUAUAUCUCAACGAUCCCUGAUAUGUUUUAUUUUUGAACAUGUUGGACAGUAACUGCAUAGAUUUAUGUUCGAGAUUCUAUGAAAAUCACUUAAAUAGCUUGCAGGCCCUCCAGAUGCCACAACUGUUGCCCGAUUCAGAUGAAAUUUCAAAUAUAUGGUAAGAAUAAAAACUUCUUGGAUUAUGACCCCCGCCUUUUACGCCAAAUGAAAAAGAAAUUCCCCAGUUUCCGCGACCUACGGUUCGGAAGUUACAGACUCAUUUGUCGAAAACUUGUCAACAAACUUUUUCAAAUUUGGUGCGAAACAUUGAGAUCACAAGAAUACGAACGCUAUUGAUAUGCGGCAUUCCGCGACCUUCCAUUCCGGAUUCACAGACCACCCCUCCCAUUUGCCGAAAAGCAACAUUUAUUUCACAUUCUAUAUUCAGCGUUCUAUUACCUACCGUUCCACCCCUCCCCCCUGUCCGAAAACGUUGAGAUUGCGACCGAAGCUUCAGUUUCUAACGGAUUUGGUUUUACCAUAUUCGAUGUGAAGCAUUGGGACAAUGAGAGGAUGGGCCCUAUCGAUUUUUCCUCCGUUUCUUCAUUACUUUGUUUUGCAUUAAAUAUUGGCCAUUUUGUUUCUGAUGUCAAACUUAUUAAUCUAUGUGCAUUGACAAACUAUUAAAACUGUAUUUGAGAGAACUGUAAUUAGUCAUACACUU